AAAUGGCAGUUUAUUUUAAUUACAUAGUCGAAAUAGUUUAAAUAUAGUAGCAUUAUUCUAUAUUUAUAUAUAUUAUAUAUAUAUAUUAGAGCUAAAAGAGAUGAAAAAGGUGAAAAAACGCCAACAGCUGAAUGGGAGCAGAACAACGCUUGGUAGACCUGAAGAACACAUGUCCUGGAAGAAGCAGAAGCUCGCAGACAUCCAGCAGGCUCUGAACAGUGACCCUGUGGACAUCGAGACCCUGCGCAGUGCAGCUGUCAGCGAGGGAGGCUUACUGACCGAUGAUGUGCGCAGAAAAGUUUGGCCCAAGCUCCUCAGUGUCAACGUGUUUGACCUUCCUGCCAAACCUGCUAAAAAUAUCCGAGAGAACCACAAAGACUACAACCAGGUGCUUCUCGAUGUUAGACGCUCCAUGCGCCGAUUCCCACGAGGGAUGCGGGCUGAUGAAAGGGAGGUGCUGCAGGAGCAGCUGAUUGACAUCAUCCUGGACGUUCUGAGGAGGAACCCCCAGCUGCAUUACUACCAGGGCUACCACGACAUAGUGGUCACCUUCCUGCUGGUUGUAGGAGAACGGAUGGCCAUAGCGAUGGUCGAGAAGCUGUCCAAUCAUCAUCUCAGGGACUUUAUGGACCCCACCAUGGACAGUACCAAACACAUCCUGAAUUACCUGAUGCCCAUUCUGGAGCAGGUCGACCCUGAGCUACAUGACUUCAUGCUGAGAUCCGAGGUGGGCACCAUCUUCGCUCUCAGUUGGCUGAUCACCUGGUACGGCCACGUCCUCUCAGACUUCCGACACGUUCUGCGGCUCUACGAUUUCUUCCUGGCCUCCCAUCCACUCACGGCUGUUUACUUUGCUGCUGUGAUUGUGCUGUACCGUGAGCGGGAGGUGAAGAGCACCGAGUGUGACAUGGCCAGUGUUCACCACCUGCUCUCUCAGAUUCCUCAGGACCUUCCAUACGAGCAGCUCAUCUCCCACACACACAGCCUCUUCACCCGCUACCCCCCCACCCAGCUCGCCUGCUCCGCCCCACUGCCGUCCCGCAACAGCAUUGCCAUCAGCUCCUUUCAGGAUUUCCAGACGUCCACUCAGCAGCAGCGGCCCGACUCCGUCCUGCGGCAGCAACAGCAGCGUCUCCACCAGCACUACGAUACCCGCCUCAUCGUGACACGCCCCCACAGCACUCAGCUCAGUGGUACCCAGCAGCUCAUCAAGAUGGCAGUGUGGGGCAUUUCGGCUACACUUGGGGCAGCUGCACUGGCUGUCGCACAGACCGCCAUGGACUGGGCACCUGACUUUCUCCUGCAGCUCUUCUGACCAAGAGAGAGAGAGUCAUGUACUAAAUUCAGAGCGAAUUACUAGUAAACCUGUCUUUUGUUAUCAAGUACCAAAAAAAAAAAAAGAAGAAAAAAAUAGUUUAUUGAGCAUUUUGCUCCUUCACGGUUCUACACUUUGCCAAGCUAAUAUUUGGAGUAUGAAAAGUAGCGGAUGGGUUUUUUUGUAAUGAUAAGCAUUCCUGAACGCCUUUCCAUCAGCAGAAUGUCGAGGGGAAAAAGUGCGCCGAUAGCGGAUUCCAAACAGCAGCAGACGUCCAGAUUAUUAAACCGUGUUUUUUUUUUUUUUUUCUUUUCUUUUUUCCCCUCCCUCCAUCCUUCCUCUCUUCACUGCUGAAGGACUUUGCAGCGGAGUGAAAGAAACAGCUCAUUGAAAUGAGAUGAGAUGAGAAGAGACGAGUGCGAGCAGGUGGGUUCCUUUGGUCUGUGGAGAAUAAAGAGUUCGGCCUGCAGUGAACGCAGCACUCAAGCAAAAAAAAAAAAAAAAAAAACACACAUCCAUCUGCUACAUUUCCAAAUCAAGCCAGUCAUCAAUCAUUCUCAAGCAAGGACCAGUUGGAGGAAACUUCAAAGUCUGAAAAACACAACCUCAGGAAAGCCUCCAUAACUUCCUUAUUGGAAUCACGAGCGUCUUUUUUUUUUUUUUUUUGUCUUUCAUGUUAAACUUAGUCACUGAAUCCCCGCCUUGGUAUCAUCUCUCAGAUCUCGAGCUCCUCCUACUUUUCUCAGACGAUCACCUGCCUUCAGUUCCCCGCCGGCCUUUCAGAGAUUUUAACGAGACACUUCCAACACACACUUAGUUACAGGAGAAUAUAAAUCCGUCCAAAGAGAUUAAGCGUCUUGCCUUUUUCCUGGCCCCAUACGCGCACUUUAUUGUCUCUGUCAUAAACACAGAGGCGAAGAGUCUGACGAGCUGAGCCUGAAUUACAGCGCCGAACGCAGCCUGAAGCGCCGGAUGCUCUUGCCUAUUAGUGCCAUGGUGAGAGAGAGCGAGCGAGCUGUGGAGCAGCUGUUUAUCUACAAGACAGCUCUAUGAGAAGCUCGUCCUGUAAAUUCCACUGCCAAAACGUGGAAAAGUUUCAGUCCUGGAAACACGUCCAUCUUAGUUUUCCACUUUCUUCACUUUCAGGUAAUUAUAUGCCCAGUUAGAAAUGCCCAGAUCGUCUUUUUUUUUAAUGCGAAUUUAAUUCAGCCCUUAUGGCUGUUGGCAAGGAUUUGGUCUUUUCUUUUUAAUGUUUUUUUUUUUUCCUCCACCAAAUGCGUGAACAAGAAGUGGAUGAAAUAUGACGAACAGGUUGUGCGUGUGCACCUGUAGAACCAUCCAGAAAAACCUGAGGAAAACGAACUGAACGUUUGGAUGCGUUCCAAACGAUAAUCAAGCAACGGAAGCGCAAUCAAUUUUAUGAUUAUUGCAGGUGUAGAAGGCAGUCUGAGUAAACAUGCACUUUAAUUUAUCAUUUGUAAUUUGUUGAGGAUAUUUUGCACACAUCCUGUUAUAACUG